AUGCACGGCGUUCAACUCUCCUCGGCCUCUCCAUUCGUCUACGCAAUCUUCGGCAUCCAACAUGACAACGGCACCACCAACAGUCCCCAAAAGACCGCCCUCAUCACGCGCCUCAACGACCUGAUAUCCACCCACCCAGCCCAUAUUGACCACCUCGUCCAAGACAACUCGCCCUCUCUCGCUGGUACGCAAGGUGGACAAGGAAAAACACGCCUUUGGCUUACCUACUGGACCUCCUCGGAUGCCUACCACUCCUGGUGGGACAGUCCCACUGUCGUGCAAUUCUGGUCCCACCUGCCCGAUGACGCCGGCAUCUGGCGCGAGGUAAUGACUCUCCCCGCGAGUCGCACGCAACAUGGAACUACUAGGUCCGAGAUCACGGGUCAAGGACACUUGGGAGAACGUGUUUCCAGCACCGAGAUCAAAGAGAAACAUGGAGAUCACGACGAAGCAGCGAAGAUCCGACCCGGACGGGUCCUCGUCACCAACGUCCCGGAGAACCUGUGCUUCGUGGUCGAAGGCCAAGACCAUUCGGCGAUGACGGCCACCGAACGAGACCUCUGGUUCGAUCGCUUCGAUCCGCUCGUGACGCAAUGGAUCAAGGAUCUCGUCACGAGCACUACAGACGGGCCGGGACUGGGACCCAUCAACUCGCGUCUCUGCUACGACCCGUCAGGUGGAACGUUCCGCAGCGGCGACGUGCCGCCUCUAAACUAUAACACGAAGGUCCAGCUGUUCUAUUUUCUCGACUUGGGGUAUCUCGAACGCUUCGGGCGGCGGAAUCUAACCCAUGUGUUGCUUCGGAAGUCGUAUCUGGAGGCGUACGGGCCGGGCGGCGAGAUGUUUGGGAAAGGAAAGCUGGGGUUGUGGGCAGAGACGAGCGUAGUGAAGAAUGGGGAGAUGGAAUUCAUCUCCCGCGGCCACACCAAACGUAUAUUGCCAACCCUUCCGUCCCUUCUCAAUACUCUUCCACUAGGUAUUUGGCCUAGCAUGACUAUGAAAGAAUCGAAUACGUUGGUCAUUGACCACAGGCAAUGGCACAUCGGUCGCAGAGUUUCAUUCAAGAAUCGGGAACAGCCUGACCCGACCAAGGGUAGCACAAGGGAGAGCCAUGAGGUUUACGAGGCAACUCCCGUUGGUAUAUCUUCGGGAGUCCCUGCUAUUAUCAAGAUCAAAAAACAGUCUGUGUCCUACUGCCCUUUAUGUCAAAUUUUUGACGAAAUCAUUAACUUCGGUGACAGGGUUGUUCCUUGGUCUACUGGGCUCAAGGGUCACAGCGAAGAAAUUAGUCGAGAAAUAUUCAACCUAGAUCGAUUGACAAAGGUUGGGUGCUCUUGUACACCUAAGCUAAUUGGCUGGGAGGUUCGUGAACAAAGUCCCAGUGAUCAACUCCCUGGCGGGUAUAUUGCAUUCAUUGUUAUGCAGAAAGUAUCUGGUCAAAACUUGAGAGAUUUCAAAACCGACUGUAUGGAUCAGGAGCAUAAUAAGAUUCGAAUCUCAUUGAUUCAAGCGUUGUGCUUCAUUAUCGAUUUUGAAGAUGUUGAGUACAAUGGAAAUCGCAAAGCCUCGGAUGUUUGUCUCGACCCGUGGGAGCAGCUGGAAAUCUGGGGGCUUGGACCGUAUGGACAUGAAAAUAGCCUUUUUACGCGUGAAUGCGACCUGAUGGAGCAUGUAGCUCGCAUCUAUUGCUCCUCGCACGCAAUUCCGACUAAGAUCAUUUCAAUUUUUCAAGAGGAGGUCCGCAAGUUUGAUACGAGCGAGCCAUGGAGAAAAUAUACAACACUUGUAGCAGCUAGGCUCAAGAAAGAAAAAGAUUUGAAUUACUCUAAAUUCUUCUUAUGCGGGGCAGAAAUUUCUUCCAGCGGGAGAUACGUGACACACGUCCUGAACCCCGUUGGCGGGAUUGCAAAGAAGCUGGACUAUGGUUUUCGGUUCAGUGACUGGACAGCUGCCGGGAAGAUACUACAAUGGCCUCCGAACUUUGUUGAGGCCGAAAAGCAGAUGAAGGAAAAACGCUCCAUACCUGACUAUACCUUGUAUUGCAUAUCGUCCAAAGAGGCGCGCGCACUUGGGGAGGCCAAGCAUCCUUGGGUGAACAGAUCCGACUUGUUCGUGAAGUACGCUCGUCAGGGACAAAAGGAAUAUGUUGACCAGCUACAACGAUUUUUUUGGACAAGUAUCUCGCGAUAUAAACUUUUCUACUCAGAUGCUAUCUCCCAUGUAGCGAAAUAUACCAAUGGAGGUAAUGUGUCGAUGCGACUGUAUUUGAUGUAUCUUGUUCAUACCAUCUCCGGCGAUACUUCGGCUUGGUCAUUAAAAAACGAAGAGCGGGAGCCGUUUCCGGAUUGGGUAGAGUUUCCUACAACCCCAACUGUUACCAAAACAGAUUCGCCUACUGCGUCACAGGCAUCUCAGGCACGUGUUCCAGAAAAGACCAUUCAGCUACCGGGGCGUCCUCGAAAUACCAAUCAGGCUGCGGAACGAGCAAAUUACGCCUAUGUCGGUCAAUUCGAGAGUUAUGAGCGAUUCUGGCAAUACCGCCCUUUCGAAGCGAAAAGGCUAUUGUCAUGA